GGAUGGCUGCAUUGACUGGUCAGUAGAUCUCAAGACAUACAUGGCCUUGGCAGGUGAACCAGUCCGAGUGAAAUGUGCCCUUUUCUACAGUUAUAUUCGCACCAACUAUAGCAUGGCCCAGAGCACUGGGCUCAGGCUUAUGUGGUACAAAAACAAAGGUGAUUUGGAAGAGCCCAUCAUCUUUUCCGAGGUCAGGAUGAGCAAAGAGGAAGAUUCAAUAUGGUUUCAUUCAGCUGAGGCACAAGACAGUGGAUUCUACACUUGUGUUUUAAGAAACUCAACAUAUUGCAUGAAGGUUUCAAUGUCCUUGACUGUUGCAGAGAAUGAAUCAGGCCUGUGCUACAAUAGCAGGAUCCGCUAUUUAGAAAAAUCUGAAGUCACUAAAAGAAAAGAGAUCUCCUGCCCAGAUAUGGAUGACUUUAAAAAGUCUGAUCGGGAGCCUGAUGUUGUGUGGUAUAAGGAAUGCAAGCCCAAAAUGUGGAGGAGCAUAAUAAUACAGAAAGGAAAUGCUCUUCUAAUCCAGGAAGUUCAUGAAGAAGAUGGAGGAAAUUAUACUUGUGAACUUAAGUAUGAAGGAAAACUUGUAAGACGAACAACCGAAUUGAAAGUUACAGCUUUACUCACAGACAAGCCUCCCAAGCCAUUGUUCCCCAUGGAGAAUCAGCCAAGUGUUAUAGAUGUCCAGCUGGGAAAGCCUCUGAACAUCCCUUGCAAAGCAUUCUUUGGAUUCAGUGGAGAAUCUGGACCAAUGAUCUACUGGAUGAAAGGGGAGAAAUUUAUUGAAGAACUGGCAGGCCACAUUAGAGAAGGUGAAAUAAGGCUCCUCAAAGAGCAUCUUGGAGAAAAAGAAGUUGAGUUGGCACUCAUCUUUGAUUCAGUGGUGGAGGCUGACCUGGCAAAUUAUACCUGCCAUGUGGAAAACCGAAAUGGACGGAAACAUGCCAGCGUUCUUCUGCGUAAAAAGGAUUUAAUCUAUAAAAUCGAACUUGCAGGAGGCCUGGGAGCAAUAUUCCUCCUCCUUGUACUGCUCAUGGUCAUCUACAAAUACUACAACAUUGAAUUGAUGCUCUUCUACCGACAGCACUUUGGAGUUGAUGAAACUACUGAUGACAACAAGGAAUAUGAUGCCUAUCUCUCUUAUACAAAAGUGGACCAAGAUACUUUAGACUGUGAUGAUCCUGAAGAAGAGCAGUUUGCUCUUGAAAUACUGCCAGAUGUCCUGGAAAAACACUAUGGAUAUAAACUCUUCAUCCCAGAAAGAGACCUGAUUCCAAGUGGAACAUACAUUGAAGAUCUCACAAGAUGUGUUGAGCAAAGCAGAAGACUUAUUAUCAUAUUAACUCCAGACUAUGUUCUCAGACGAGGAUGGAGUAUUUUCGAAUUGGAAAGCAGACUCCAUAACAUGCUAGUCAGUGGAGAAAUCAAAGUAAUUUUGAUUGAGUGUACAGAAUUAAAAGAGAAGGUGAAUUGCCAGGAAGUGGAAUCACUGAAGCGCAGCAUAAAACUUCUGUCCCUGAUCAAGUGGAAGGGACCCAAAAGCAGCAAAUUAAAUUCUAAGUUUUGGAAGCACUUAGUAUAUGAAAUGCCCAUCAAGAAAAAAGAAGGACUUUCUCGAUGCAAUGUUCUUGACUCUGCGGAACAAGGACUUUUUGGAGAACUCCAGCCUAUACCCUCCAUUGCCAUGAACAGUACCUCAGCCUCUCUGGCAUCAUCUCAAGCUGAUCUCCCUGAUUUCCAUCAUUCAGAUUCAAUGCAAAUGAGGCACUGUUGCAGAGGUUAUAAACAUGAGAUACCAACCACCACCUUGCCAGUACCUUCCUUAGGCAACCACCACACUUAUUGUAAUCUGCCUCUGACGGUACUCAAUGGACAGCUUCCCCCUAAUAAUCCCCUGAAAGAUGCCCAAGACAUUCAUAGAAACAGUUCCCUGCUACCUUUAUCAUCCAAAGAGCUUAGCUUCACCAGUGAUAUUUGGUAGUGAAAAAUCUGAAGUUCUCAGAACAGCUAUGUGAGCAUACAGAAUUUCUGCUAUACCAAGCAUAAAGUACAUCUAAUAAUAUCGAGGUGCUGGAAAAGUGUUUGAAGAAAAGGACACAGAAAUUGCUUUCGUACUUUAUUUUUUUGUUGUCGUUGUUUACAAUUCCAGAAUAAUGGG